AUACACACACUGUUUUCCGGUUGUUUUCAUGAUGUGUAAUAUUCAUUAUGAACAAUUGUGUAAUAUAAGCUGUUAUAAUAAUUUUAUGAUACUAGAUGAAACUCAUAAGUGAGAGCUGUGGAGCAGUGAUGCUCCAUCAUCAUCACCAUCAUCUUUAUAGCGCAGAGGAGGCGCGUCUCCUUUAAUUUGCCCACGCUGUACAGCCUUGGUGGAGCAGCAGCUCACUGUAUGCCUUUGUAUGCGCAGCAGUGCUCAACUGCAGCCUGAACUGCUCGCCCUUGCACAACAAUUAUGAGUAAAAGACGAAAAGUUGGACUUUGAGAUGAAUGGCUCGCUCGCGCCGCGCCACUCCCUAAAAUGAAGGAGGAAAACACAAGUAAGCGCAAGAGGAAUACCGGAGCAUUUCUCCAUGGAUAUUUUGCAUCUUGAAAACAACUCGGGAAGGUUGACUUAUACAUUUUUUAUUGGUCUUUCUAUUCCCUUAGUUUAUGCAUGCGUUAAUGCAUCGAUGCCUUGAAUGAAAGGAAAUGCGUGAAUGCCUUUAACACAGUAAUGCAUGGGCAUGCUUUGAUCAUCCACCUAGAGCUUGGAGCCUCUCUAUCGCUGAAGCAUGUCGCUGCAGACACCUCGCGCUUAACGGGUUAAAACGCUGAGCACAGCCGGUGUGAUGUGUUUUUCAAGGGUGCAUGAGCCUGGGAUCUGAAUAUUCGUAAACCAAAAAUCAUUUUUGGGGACAAUUGGACAACACCCUUAAACGGACGCGGUGUGCAAGGGGGAAAAACAAACAAACAAAAAACAACCCAAAUUAUGACUGGGAACAUCUGAUGCUCUAUGGAUUUUCGCCCAUAAGAUGAGCACGUUUGCUCAACAACAAGAUGCUGCCACUCCUCAGAGCAUCAUUUCGGCCGUCAAGCUCGUAUUCAGGCAAUUCUCCUCAAUCUCUUAUUGUAUCUCUGAAUUGAGUCGAGGCAACACUGUGAGGACACUGGGGGCGGCAGAUUUUGCUGACCUUAGCAUCUUUGGACCGUUUCAAUGGAAAGCUCUUUGCAAAUAACGCCUUGAGGGAGCUCCCCUUCGUUCAUUUCUCAGAGACGCGCCGCUGUAUGCUUCCCGUGCAUCCUGAAGGCGUUUACGGCUGGAUCUGCUCGAGACCGGCGCAGGAGAUCUGGCGCAGCGAGCAGGGGGAAGAGCAGGAUCUUUGCAGUAUACCUGUAAUGAAAGGCUGCUGAAAGAAAUCAAUGACCCUGGCAACCAGACGGUUCAUUAGUUCUGCUGGUGUCAUGUAAACAUAAUCAUUUAACAAGUUAUUUCUCUGGCGCGUUGGGGAUGCUUGCAGUGUUUCCUUGGAUCUAAUGCAAGAAAAGGGGGCUGACAAUUGAAAGGGAGUCCCACAUUUCCCCACUGAAGUUUUUAGAAGCAACAACCAUUGCAUCCUGACCCUAAACUGCAGGUUGCCUUCAUUCACAGCAUGACUGUUGCCACGGGUGACCCAGCCGAUGAAGCCGCAGCUCUCCCGGGUCAGCCACAGGACACAUAUGACCCGGAACCAGACCAUGAGUGCUGCGAAAGGGUGGUCAUUAACAUCUCUGGUCUGCGCUUUGAGACGCAGCUCAAAACUCUGUCUCAGUUCCCAGAGACAUUGCUUGGAGACCCUAAAAAGAGAAUGCGCUACUUCGACCCUCUGAGAAAUGAGUACUUUUUUGACAGGAACCGCCCAAGUUUUGAUGCCAUUCUCUAUUACUACCAGUCAGGCGGCAGGCUCCGGAGGCCUGUCAAUGUGACACUGGAUAUUUUUUCAGAGGAGAUACGUUUUUAUGAGCUUGGGGAAGAAGCCAUUGAGAUGUUCAGGGAGGAUGAAGGAUUUAUUAAGGAAGAGGAGAAACUACUGCCAGAGAAUGAGUUUCAGAGGCAGGUAUGGCUGCUUUUUGAGUACCCUGAAAGUUCAGGGCCUGCCCGGAUUAUUGCUAUAAUUUCAGUCAUGGUUAUUCUCAUAUCCAUAGUCAGUUUUUGCCUGGAGACACUUCCAGUUUUUCGCAAUGAAGAAACGGAUAUGCACAAAGCAUACAGAACCGACUCCAACUCAACAAUUAGCUAUACUUCCACUUACUUUACUGACCCUUUCUUCAUCUUGGAGACACUUUGCAUCAUAUGGUUUUCCUUUGAGUUCCUGGUGAGAUUCUUUGCAUGUCCAAGCAAAGCAGGCUUCUUUGUCAAUAUAAUGAACAUCAUUGAUAUUGUGGCUAUAAUACCUUACUUUAUCACCUUGGGAACAGAGCUUGCAGAGAAAGCUGAAGAUGGUCAGCAAGGUCAACAAGCCAUGUCUCUUGCCAUCUUGAGGGUCAUCAGAUUAGUGCGAGUCUUCAGGAUCUUCAAACUUUCCCGGCAUUCAAAAGGGCUGCAGAUUCUUGGCCAAACACUCAAGGCCAGCAUGAGAGAGCUUGGGCUGCUUAUCUUUUUUCUCUUCAUUGGAGUCAUCCUGUUCUCAAGUGCCGUUUACUUUGCUGAAGCGGACGAGCCUGACUCGCAGUUUGUAAGCAUCCCAGAUGCCUUCUGGUGGGCUGUGGUUUCAAUGACAACAGUAGGGUAUGGUGACAUGGUUCCUACUACCAUUGGAGGCAAAAUCGUGGGAUCCCUGUGUGCUAUCGCUGGUGUGCUGACCAUUGCAUUGCCUGUGCCUGUCAUAGUCUCAAACUUCAACUACUUCUACCAUCGAGAGACAGAGGGAGAGGAACAGGCCCAGUACCUUAACGUGACCAGCGUCCCCAAGAUAGAUUCCUCAGAGGACCUGAAAAAGAGCCGCAGCGGGUCAACCAUGAGCAAGUCUGACUACAUGGAAAUUCAAGAGGCUGUUAACAACAGUAAUGAGGACUUCCGAGAGGAGAACAUCAAGACCGCCAAUUGCACCCUAGCCAACACUAACUAUGUUAACAUCACCAAAAUGCUUACAGAUGUAUAACCACUUUGAUCUGCCUUGAUGAAGAAGGUGGAAAUAAAGAAAGGGUGUACAAACCCCAGUUUGAAAGGCUCCAAAUGCCUCAUGCAAGAGUAUCAAGACAGGAGAACUGGAAUGUGUCCAUUUGAGUGAAGGAACAGUGAAGAAGUCCUGUCCAUCAUUCCAUCUCCAUUCCCUCUUACAAGAAUUGGGAAACAUGAUUGGUGGGGGACGUUGUUUUGCAUCCUUGUGUUCAGUGUCUGCAUGGAGUUUGUCCUUUCUGUGUGACUGUUCUAGUAGUCGUUCUGCUUGCAACAGUAGCCAAAUCGUAGCCUAACCAUUUAGAUACAAGUGUAGCAUAGAGGGACCAAUUCCUGACUCUCAUUCCCCCAUUCACUGCCAACCUGAAGAUCCCUUGAGUCUUUUUCAAGUAUAUUUGUACCUGGGAAGAAUUUUGUCACUCCAAAUUGCUCAAGAGAUAACAAGAAUCACAAUAGAGGAUGUAUUUCUCUGAAAAAUGCACAAAUACCGCUUGUCCUGCCAGCCAAAGCAGUGUACCAUGUACCUAAAAUUUUUCACAUUCCAUCUUGUGACGGAAAAAUGCAUGACCAAUUUUUGGGGUGUCCGGAAGGCCAGUUACAGAGCACCCUUUUUAAAUUUUCAAACGUCGUCCCUCUUUUGCUGCUAGAGUAAAAAUAACUGAAAGUGUAGAAGAGAUUGUUUUGAAGUUGACCAUUUUUCCAUCGUCGUCAUUCCUCUAUACUGCAUGAGUAGCUGCCCGCCAUUGCAUAAUUUCCGUCACAUACUUUUCCCAGCAUUGUAAACUUACAAGCAUUCCAUGUGUGUGAGCAAUGUCUUUUUUUUAACUAAAAAAUAGUGUAGGUUUUUACUGGGACAUUGCAGCCAAUAACAGCAAAACACUAGCUCACCAAGUCAGGUCACCAAAGAUCAAGUUCACUGCCGCUGUUUAUUGCAUCUUUAUGUUUUUAUUUUGACAUUUCAUGGUGCAUCCAGCCCAUAAAAUGAUGCUGGAGAAUAUGGAUAAAAAGGUAUGACAAUUCUGCUUCCUUGAAUAGCUUUUGUAAGAGAUAGGGAAUAUUCUGCUACUUUUGUGGUGCAUGUCUGGUACAAUUUCCUUGUAGCAUGCAUGUGGUAAGAAUGAUACUUACAAAACUAGAAAUAAGUAUUCAUAUCUUUAUCAAUUUAUUUUUCUCUGUGAGAUUAACAGUAUGUGCAAUAUUAGAAAAGCUUGAUUUUUUUUUUAAGGUUACAAUAUUUUGUAAGUAGUUUUUUGCUACUUGGGUCGAACACUGAGAUGUUUGUUGAUUUUCAUAGAUUGUUUUUUUAGAGAUCUAAAUUGAAAAUCGCAACUGUAAUACCUGAUUUAGUAACACGGACUUCUGAUGAUUUUGCCUCAUUAAAUGUUGGUACCUUA